AUGGAUAAUAAUUUGAAUAGAUUAGAAUGCAAGCUUAAGGAGAUUAUCUUAGAUUCUAGGGAGACUCACACAAGCGACUACUCAAGAUCGAUACGCGAAGACCAUUUGUUUGGUUCAGCUUUUGGCAAGAACGCUUAUACUUUGGAUGACGUAGCCAAUGGAACAACGAUUUUUAUGCCAUGGAAGCUACACAGACCUCUGGAGGAUGUUUUUAACAGGCUUUCGGAACAAUCGUUCAUGUCCCAUACUUCUUUCGAAAAUCUCGUGGAUAAUUUUGGUCUAUUUCCAAAUUUUCAAAAUUCUCGAAAAAAGGAGGACAUUUUAAAUUAUAUACUCCAGAAAGCGAACCCUAACAGCGGCCAACUAGAUUUUGAGCAGUUUCUUCUGGCCUUGUUUCUGCUCUCGAAGUACCGCGCAUCUGUGCAGCACAUUAAUGAGCAGUACGCCUUUAACGCAGUCCUGAACACAGUCGUCGCAAACGCGCAGGCCCUGGCAAACGAGGAUGCUGAGACCAACUUUGAUCUGAAUCUUGACAAGAAUCCGAGCUUCAAGAAGUUUGGUUCUUCCUCGAGAACGUCCUCGAAGAAUUUGGACGGAGUCAUAUACAAUGAUGACGGGCUGAUAGUGGACACAAAUAAUGGAAAGGUCUACGACAGCCCGAGGAAACUAGAGACGAAGGACUUUUCAGAAACACUCGAGGGCAUAAAGCAGGAGGAGACGAAGGAGUUCCUGAGAAAGUUGAGCUCAGCAGGGAAAAUGCCCAGCCGAAGCAUGGGAGGGACUUCGGAUCUGUCAAGGAAAACGAGCGGCCUGCAACCCGGGCAGAGCUCCUCUUUCGACCCGGAGUUGGUCAGGAGGUUGCUUGACGUGCUCAGGGAGCAGAAUUUGCUAAACGACUCCAAGGCCCUACAGGACAGCCUGGAGAGGGAGAUAAACCUGAGGAACGACAUGGAGUCGAGCUACAUGGUUAAGCUGAGCAGGCUGGAAUCUGAAAAGAGCAGCCUGAAUGAUGAAUUGGCAGCACAGAAGCUGGAAUUGGGGAAGGCGCAGGUGGAGUUGGAGUCCGUGAAUCGUCAGUACGAGGAUUACAAGACUAGCGCCGAACAGCGGAUAAGCGACUUGAAGUCGGAAAGGGAGCAGAUGUCGCAGAAAUUGAGUGAAGCAAAUGAGCAGCUCGAAAGGCAGGCGCACUUGAAGGCCAGAGCUCAAAAAAAUCAGCAGAUGCUCCUGCUGGAAACGGAGGUUGAAGUGAAGCUAUUUUCAAUGUUUUGCGUAUACAAGGAUGAAGAGUGCGUUGACGGAGAGUUUGUGCUCGGGGAGGAGCAGCUGAUACUAUUCUGCGUGGACUUUGGGCUGACUGAAACGGAGCCUCCAUCAGGCCCAGACGAUGCGCCGAAGGCGAAACAAGCCUACAACAAGGUAUGUGAAUAUGGAUAUGAUGGUAAAUUGAAUUAUGCACUGUUUAAAGAAUUUUUAAUGAACCUGGCGAUGCUGAUGAAGCCGGAAUUUAGUCCUCGGGAGGCGUUCAGAUACGUUGUAUUUCAAUUGGUCUUUUAUUCGUGUAACAACUUAUAUGGAGAGAAAGCUGUUAAAGACUAUCACCCGGUGUACGUCACUGAAGACAAUAACCCCUGGGGACCUGACGCUGAAAAUUAUUACCCACCUCAGCAGCAGCAGCAGCCUCAGAGAACAACCGACCCUAACAAGUUCGUCGACGUCGAGGGGAAAGUGUGGUUCAGCAAGGAAGAGCAAAACGCAAACCCACAAGGCGACAACGCAGUAUCGACUCCAAGGUUCGACUAA